AUGAGAACUGAAUAUUUGUCUAGUACUGAUUUGUUUCUUAAAGAGCCUUCGGUUUUUCCCGAUGACUCGCACUUGGAUGCUCAUCGUGCGGUUGCUUAUAUCGACAAGGAAACAGAGAGUUUGCAACACAAGGAAGAUAUGCCGAGUUCUAUCAUGAACCCACUGCAACAUUUCGCUGAUGAAAUUGUUGGGUUUGACACUGAAGCUGAUGAGUUUGUCAUCCGCUGCAUAUGGGAGCGUGCAGCAGAAUUCUUCCCCAAGUUAAGAGAUAUUUUCCUCGAAGAUAUCAUCCGUAACAGGAAAGUGAGAGUCGGGUUGCGUCCUUACAUGCCUGAUGGGAAGCCAGUGAUUGGAUCCGUGCCCGGACUACAAAACCUGUACUUGGUAGCAGGUAAUGAAGGAGGAGGACUUUCCAUGGCUCUAGGAACAGCGGAAGUGGUAUCGGACAUGGUACUGGGGAAACCGUCACAGGUAGCUAGUUCAACGUUUGGGGUUGGAGGACGUUGUUGCUGAGGAAAUAGACGCAGUUCAGUUUAGUUAAGGGACUGAAUCUUCUUAAGCAUUGUUGUUGCUGAAUGGUCUCUCAAAGGGAGUGGUGUCUAAAUGUUUUUUGCAGUAGUGUUUGUCUCAGGCAUUCUUGUCCAUGCAUGGUCUUGUAUCGUUUCGUUUUCUAUGUUUGUUUAUAAUUUUGCGUUUGUAGUUUCACUAGACGAUGAUGAGGAUUUACAACCACCG